AUGGACAUCGGGGACAAUAAUGAAGAUAUUGGUGGAUUUGGGGAGGAAUGGGUAAAACCAAGGCCACUACCUGAUGAUUUACCAAGGUCGCUUGAUGAUCGAAAACAUGUAUCUGCAGAGUAUGCACCUGAGACUGAGAUGUAUGAUGCAUGGCAAGGACAAUCGCAGUUUCUAACAACUCCGGUCCUGGCUAAACCACUCGAAUUCAAAAAUCUUUCACUCGAUAAUGACGAUUUCGGCGACGAUAUUACAAAGCAAAAGAUAGGGGAUAGCGAUAGUAGACUUAUGGAAAUGUUGGCCGCUCAAGCAGCACAUCGAGAUGGUUCGGCUAGUGAGGAUGAAGAUGCUGUGGCUAUGGAUGAGAAGCUUUCGCUUGAAGAAAAGAAGGAUAUCCUACAGAAGGCUCUAAAUAUGUCAGCUAGUAACGGAGAUGUUGAUCGCAUAGAGAGGAUCCUCCACGGUAAAGCAAAAGACCUUGUAGAUUUGGAUGCGCCGGAUGAAGAAGGCACGGCGCCGAUAAUAUACGCAAGUUGUUUUGGCCACGAAGCUGUCGUAACAGCACUCCUAGAUGCCGGUGCCGAUGUCGACAAACAAGAUAGAAAUCAAUGGAGCGCCUUGAUGUGGGCAAUGACAAAUCGGCACAAGGGGAUAGCAAAGGCACUUCUAGAUAGAGGAGCAUCCAGGGACGUCAAAUCAUCGACGGGAAGAACGGCAUUUGAUUUUAUUGCUCCAGAUAGCGAAAUUGCCGAUUAUCUCCAGGAUGGUGGAUAUCAUAUUGGAAAUGCUGGAGUUACGGACGACUUUUACAACCCUGGAUUCUCCCAGGACCGGUUUGAGGAAGAAAUGGCAGAAAAUGAAAUGAGGCGCCGAAUGAUGAUGGAGAGUGCCAGAGAUCUAGAGGUUGACUUGGGUAAUAUGGGUAUUGAUGAUCAACCUGAAUCGCCAGAGGAGUUGGAAGAAGAAGGUCAAGAUUUCGACUGGAGCCGAUGUUUACAUGAUCAAAUGUUUGUGUUUCAGGAAAGUGAACUUGGUCGAAUUCUGGAUAUCAUUAUCACCAAUAUGUCUCCUCAACGAUCACCAUCUCAGAAACCCGUACCAGCGAACAUGAUAUUUCUCAGUGCGAGAUAUGCUCACUAUCAUGCAAGCCAUGAUCUUCUGGCCAAACUUCUUAUUAGCGCGAUGGAUAAGAUUAAUGAUGUGGUUGAAACACAUCAAUGGGACAUGACAAUAUUAGCUUUCUGGAUUUCGAAUGCUACAUUGUUAUUACACUAUUUGAAAAAGGAUACUGGAUUAUCCGAAUCAACAACAGAGUUUCAACUUCAACUUGCGGAGCUGAUUAAUGAAAUUUUUAUCUUGAUCAUUCGAGAUGCUGAAAGGAGAAUGGACAAAGUUCUUGAUUCGGCAAUGUUAGAACAUGAAACUAUUCCAGGAUUUGAAGAUGUCACAUUCCAGAAUGAAUGGAAGCUAUUUAAAAGAAAAACGACUGUUAAAGAAGUACCCAUUGAAAAACGGUUUCGACCUCCUUCGCCAAAGGCUAGAGCUAAACCAUCACCCCGCAAUGUUACGUCAUUAUUAUCCUCUACUCUAUUUGUGUUGGAUCUUUAUGACAUACAUUCUGUCAUUACUUCUCAAAUUUUGGCGCAGCUACUUUACUGGCUUGGUGCGGAACUUUUUAAUCGUAUCAUGUCUAAUCGAAAGUAUCUAGCACGAACUAAAGCAAUGCAAAUACGUAUGAAUAUUUCUAGCCUUGAGGAAUGGGCACGAACGAACAAUCGACAACCUGAGCAUUAUGAGCAUGGUUCUAUGACUUCUAGUGGAGAGAUGACUGUUGAGGCAACUCGACGACAUCUUGCACCUUUAGUUCAACUACUACAGUGGUUACAAUGCUUCUCAUCUUUGGGACAAGAUGAUUUAGAAGCUUUAGUUGGGACAUUACAGCAACUCACACGACUUACACCCCAGCAAUUAAUACAUUCAGUAAAACAUUAUCGAGCGGAAGUUGGAGAAAAAGGGUUACCAAAAAGUGCUAUGAAUUAUUUGGUCAACCUACAAGAGGAGCACCGGUUACGAAAAGAGCGUCAAAAGAGAACUUCACAAGGUUUACGCAUGAGUGCACCAUCAACUCCAGCUAGAAAAGGAAGUAAACCAUUACCUGAUACCCCUGAUUCAAAUGGUAGAGGUGGAAAACCGCAAUCUCUCGAUGACGAACCUUUCGAGGAAGAUGAUGCACCGGAAAAUCUUCUCCUGGAUCCAGCUCUCAUGCUUCCUUUUUCCCUUCCUUCUAGCACAGAUAUGUUGAUAAGUUAUGGAGCGGGAUUCGGUGGGAUGAAUCGAGAAAGGGAAAGAAAAUAUAUUCCUACAGUUCCUCCGGAGUUCUUGGCAAAGCUAGAUCUUAGUGGUGGGAGAGCACACUCGACAUAUCAUGAGCGAGAUUGGGAGAAUGAGGAACUUUGA